AUGGGGAACUACUUUCAAGUUACAUUUCCACUACCAACAGGCGAUAUUUGUGAAACAAUGCUACACUGUCUCACGCAAUUGGGCAUAGGAGUGAGGUGCAAGUCCAUCGUGAAUGUUCUUCCUUGUAACGUCGUGCACUCUGCUAUGGACGAAGAUGAAUCAGACAGUGAUACUUUAUUCCGUAAGAGUGAGGAAGCGAAACGUUGGAGAAGCUUCGUCGAGUCAAUCCGAUCCAAAUUGACGGUGAAACAAGUGGUCGACGGUGUACGCGGUGGUGGCGAACUCUCCUUUGAUUAUCUGACUUUAAUUAUUACAGCUGACUCUCUCGCCGCUCUUGGUCUCGUUGAAAAUAACGCUUCAAACAUUGUGGCGGCAAUGCUGGUGUCUCCACUCAUGGGCCCAGUGAUGUCCAUAACUUUUGGCACGAUUAUAGCUGACCGAAGUCUCAUUAGAAGUGGUUUUGAAAGUUUGAUUUUAGGAAUGCUCGUCUCCUUGCUAUUUGGAUUUAUUUUUGGACUUAUACUUGGAACAACUGAAAUGCCUUGGGGCUUUGGAGAUUGGCCUACAGAAGAAAUGAAGUCACGGGGGAACGUCAGAUCCCUAUGGAUGGGAGUUCUGUGGGCCUUGACAUCAGGCACCGGAGUUGCACUAGCUCUACUUCAGGGCAGUGCUGGCCCACUUAUUGGCAUUGCAAUCUCAGCUUCACUGUUGCCCCCUGUUGUUAAUUGCGGUUUGUUUUGGGCACUAGCAUGCAUAUGGUUAUUAUAUCCUGGCACGAAAAUACCUCAUAUAAAAGGGGAACCAUAUUUCGGGAAUUCGUCGUAUGUGCCGCUAUAUCACUCCUACAUUCCUAUCGAGUUUGCCGUUAAUGGGGUCGUAAGUUGCUGUCUCACAAUCGUUAACGUUAUUUGCAUAUUCAUAACAGCAAUUAUGUUCCUGAAAAUCAAGGAGGUAGCGGCUCCAUACACUUCCACACCGGACUUAAGACGUUUCUGGGAACAGGAUAUAAAAGUGGCACGUGAUGCAAAUAGAGCUCACUUACAUCAAGCCGAAGAUGACGAACGUGUCGAAUUGGUUCUUGAAGACCUUAAUGAGACAACAGACCCAGAAAUAAAAGAAAAAUUAGAAGCAGCAGUAAAAGAAGCUUUAGAUGAUGAAACUUAUAGAAAAGUUAAAAGGAUGAGCUACCAAAGCCACAACGCUGAUGAGGUAAUACGCACUAUUGGACUACAGGCAUAUUCUUCAAGCUCUCGGUGUUCGAGCAUGAUUAACUCAGGCAUGAAUACACCAAUGCAGACCAUGCAAAGUGGAAAUGUGAAUGAGAUUGAAGCACUUGAUAAAUUGCUUACAUCAUUGCUUGGUUUAAGGGAAAACCGAGGUAGAUCAUUUUGUUCACAUAAAGGUACACCAACAAUAAGCAGAGUAUCAUCAUUGCACAGAAGUCAAAAAAAUAACAGACAUUCUGAGUCUUGGCCUGAAAGAAUUUUUCAUCAAAAUAUUAUCCACAACGUAAUCAGUAAUCUUAAAUCUAAAAGAAAUUCUCCAGUAGAAGAGCCUUUUCUUACUCCUAAGUAG